UAAACGUUCACACGCUCACUAUUGAACUGUCAUCGACUCAUCCUCACCGACAUGCAGUCAUCGGCGAUGGACCGCAAUGCCACGGUAGACGAAGUGAAGAUGUCCGAACGAUUUCGCGCACCCGAUGCUGAUUUGACGAUUCUAUCCUCCGACGGUGUGCUUUUCAAAGUGCACAGGAGAAACCUGGAGAUGCACUCCGAGUGCUUUCCGGGCGAGGAUCCUGUUAUAUCGGAUAGCCCAGAGGUCGUGGCAUUGACCGAAAAGGCGAGCAUCCUCGAACUCUUGUUUCAAUACAUGUAUCGCCAGCCGCAACCUGAUUUGACGGAGUUGGACUUUUACGAGUUCGCUUUGCUCGCCGAGGCGGCCGAGAAGUAUGGAGUAUAUCCGGCUCUAGAGGUCUGCAAGCUGCAGAUGAGGAAUGCAAUCCCCGACUAUCCGCUCACUGUUCUUGGCUACGCGGCAAGACACGGUCAUAAUAAGCUGGCUGACGAGGUUGCUCCUCGAACCGUGGGUAUGUUGCUUGAGUUCGCCCUACACGUUCUGGGCCCGUCCGUCUUCAUACAAUGGUAUCGUGAAGCCUUGAUUCAGGCGUUACUGCUUGUGCCCACUAUGACGGGAACGCUGCUUCACGAGGACGGCUUGGUAACAUGCGAGGAAUGGCAGCCCUUCCAGAAUGCUGUCCUGCUUAGCUUUCGUCAGGACUUCCAGAGAUUCCUGAAUGUGGCGGCAGUUUUCACAGAUAACAUCCAACUGUUGAGAUCCUGCGAUCAUUGCCGCCAUCGAGCCGCUCGAUGGCAAGCACAUUUGGAGUCGAUGUUCUCUGACAUACUACCCAAGUUCAGCAGUGUUAGAUGUACGUAGGUGACCGGUCUUGAAUUGACCGGAUGCACAGGAUAUUUUGCUUCCGCCUGCGUACUCAAAGCAGUGGUCGAUAGUUUGACUCGUCCACGGCAAUGCCUGCGCUGAUGCAUCGAUACGUGAAGCCUGCGGUACAAGCCCCAGCUCUUGGGUUCAACAGUGGCGCGGCCCCAGUCGUAAAUCCUCAUCAUGGCGUGUUGCCUUGAUUGGUUCCUGUUGUGGCCCUCUCAAGGUUUCUGGCUCAUUUGGCCUCGUGGUUUGUAAGGCGUCGCACACACGGGGCGAACGACAAAUCUUCUGCAUACAAAUGCUAGCAAGUCCCGCACAUUCGGACAAGGUCCCAUCAUUUUCGUUGCU